AUGGCUACUAAAAACAGGACAGAAGUGACUGAAUUUGUGUUGUUGGGAUUGUCCAGCCAGCCAGAGAUGCAGCCAGUUAUUUUUGGAGUUGUCCUUAUCAUGUACCUGAUGGCAGUUUUGGGCAAUACCCUACUAGUGCUUGUUGCUUGCUCAGACCCCAAGCUUCAUACCCCCAUGUACUUCCUUCUCAGUCAGCUUUCCUUGAUUGACAUAUCUCUAACAACUAUCAUUGUUCCCCAGAUGCUGGUGCACACACUUUCUGUAAACAGAACCAUUUCCUAUAACUGCUGCAUGACACAGCUCUUUUCCUUUAUGACAGUGGGCAGUAUGGAAGUUCACUUGCUUGGUGCAAUGGCAUAUGACCGCUAUGUUGCCAUCUGUGACCCUUUAAGAUAUUCUUCCAUUGUCAGCCAUAGCCUCUGUCUGCGAAUAACAUUGACCUCAUGGGUGGUGGUCAGCCUUAACAGUCUCCUGUACAGUGUGUUGGUCACUCGUUUAACCUUCUGUGGCAACAAGGUCACCCAUUUCUUUUGUGACAUCACUCCUCUACUGAAGCUCUCCUGUACUCGACCAGUGGUCAAUGAAAUGUUAAUCUUCACUGAGGGUGUAGCUGUGGUGGUAAGCCCCAUUUUCUUUAUUUUUGGCUCCUAUGUUCGCAUAGGUAUUGUUAUAGCCCACAUGCACUCAGUUGCUGCCCUGCAGAAAGCUCUGUCCACUUGUAGCUCUCAUGUUCUUGUUGUGAUGUUUCUGUUUGGUUCUUUGGUUCACAUGUACCUCAAGCCAUCAUCCAGCUACAAUCUAGAACAAGAUCGCCAGGUUGCCAUCUUUUACACACUCAUUUCUCCCAUGUUAAAUCCACUAAUCUACAGCCUCAGGAACCAGGAAGUUAAAGGAGCUCUAUGGAGGCUUUUUAGGAAACUAUAUCUCAGGCAGUGUCCAGCUUGGAUUUCCCACAACACAUGCCAGUGA